AUGUCUCGAAGUCGCGAGAGACACGAGAGUGGAUCUUCUCGAGGGCAUGUGCGUUCGCAAUCUUCAUUCAGACUCUCAUUGAACGCGGGGAUGGAGCUGGUUGCCUCGGUGUUCCAUCGCUUGAAUGGGCAGCCAGCGAGCUAUGAUAAGAAAUCUCAAUACAAAAUGGGUCGUACACUAGGUGCGGGUACCUACGGGAUAGUACGAGAGGCAGAAUCCCCAUCCGGGAAGGUCGCUGUAAAAAUUAUUUUGAAGAAGAGCGUAAAGGGGAACGAGGAAAUGGUGCAGGAUGAAUUGAAGUUAUUGAAGCGUUUGGAUCACCCAAAUAUUGUCUCUUUCAAGGAUACAUUUGAAUCAAGGGACAAAUACUAUAUCGUCACACAGCUCGCAACCGGCGGUGAACUCUUCGAUCGCAUUUGUGAAAAAGGAAAGUUCACCGAGAAAGAUGCCACCGUAGUUGUUCUCUCUAUCCUCACCGCCGUAAACUACCUCCAUUCCAACAACAUCGUACACCGUGACCUCAAGCCCGAGAAUCUUCUCUACCUUACCCCAUCUCCGGACUCUUCCUUAGUGCUUGCCGACUUCGGGAUUGCAAAAAUGCUCGAUACCGAUACAACUGUUCUCACAUCUAUGGCGGGCUCGUUUGGAUACGCUGCACCAGAGGUAAUGAUGAAGAAGGGCCACGGUAAGGCGGUAGACCUGUGGAGUUUAGGUGUCAUCACAUAUACUCUGUUGUGCGGGUAUUCGCCUUUUAGGAGUGAGAAUAUGGAGGAGCUAGUAGAGGAGUGUAACAAGGGAAGAAUUAUAUUUCAUGAGAGAUACUGGAAGGGAGUUAGUAAAGAUGCAAAACUGUUCAUUGGAUCCUUACUUCAGACGAAUCCGGACGAUAGACCUUCUAGUGCUGAGGCGUUGAAACACACAUGGCUUAAGGGUGAGACUGCGUCUGACAAAGAUAUCCUCCCUGAGAUCAAAUCCUAUAUGGCCAAAGCACGUCUCCGCCGCGGCGUUGAAAUGGUAAAAUUGGCAAACCGUAUCGAGGCUCUGAAGCUUCGUGAAGACGAUCAGGAAGCUGGCGAGACGAGCGAUAUACCAUCCAGUACUGCGCAGGCAGCAUGUGAAGGGAUCACCUCGGCUACUGCGAGAGUACCGCCGCCGCAAGAGGAGGAGGAGGAGUUAAAAGGUGCGAGAAGGCUGUCACGAGCGGCGAGAACCGCGAUAUUUAGGGAAGUUGUGUUGGCAAAGGUGAGGGAAAUGAAGGCGGAGGAGGAGAUAAAGGCUGUUGAAGAGGGGAAGGCGGGAGCAAGUAAAUAA